UCAAAUGGUAACAGUAGGGUUGCAGUGAAGGCCAGGGGACUCAGUUGCAAAGUUGGAAUUUGAAAGAGUUGCAUGUGCUUUUUCUGUUAUUUUUUUCCCUCUCCAGUAGUAGCCAAGCCACCAUCAUGCUGCUGUGUAAAUUUUCUUUCCAUGUGCUUAGUCAUUUUGGGUCUCUGUGGUCAGUGAUGUCCAUCCAUCUGCCUGCAAAUCAAAUAAUCAUAAAAUGAGAAAUUCUGUCAGUAUGCCAUAGUAAUCUGUGCUGAGCAGUUGUUCGCUGUGAUCCUCUCGUACACAAGAGUGGGUGCUAAAUCAUUCCUGAUCCUGCUUUGGUCAUUCAUUGUGCCGUUAAUGUAAUAAUUUUUUUUUUUUUACAUCUGAAAGUCUGAAGUGAAACUGAGUUUCACAGAUAUUUUAAGCACCUUGUGUAAAAGAUCUGUGGCAUAUCACUGUUAGCAUUUUCUGCACACUGAAAUGGUGUAUCAUGAUGUGGUUUUCUACAAUGGCCUUCUGACACAAUUAUAAGGGCUGACAAAAUUAAAGCUCUUUUCCUUCUGUUGUCCCAUCAGGUUAAAAUGUAGCAUGGCUAAUGCUUUCAAAUCUGGUACUUGGCCCUCAAGGCAGUACUCCUGCUCAGGACACUGGUGCUAGGGUGUACUGGGACAGAGCAGUCCCUGGCAAAGCCUUCGCUUGGAUUCUGCCCCUUUCCCAAAGGGGCAGCUCUGAGGAUGUUGGUGACACGGUCACUCCUUACAGGAAAGCUGCACUGCUGGGGUCACCAGCUGUGCCUCCUCGAGGUGGGGAUGUCCCUUCACCCAGCCUGAAGGACGGGUACCUUAACAUGGGGAACCUUCUAAAAGUUUUGACAUGCACAGACCUUGAGCAGGGGCCAAAUUUUUUCCUUGAUUUUGAAAAUGCCCAACCUACAGAAUCUGAAAAGGAAAUUUAUAAUCAGGUGAAUGUAGUGUUAAAGGAUGCAGAAGGAAUACUGGAAGACUUGCAGUCAUAUAGAGGAGCUGGCCAUGAAAUACGAGAGGCAAUACAGCAUCCAAAUGAUGAGAAGCUGCAGGAGAAGGCAUGGGGUGCAGUUGUUCCACUAGUAGGCAAACUAAAGAAAUUCUAUGAAUUUUCUCAAAGACUAGAGGCAGGACUGCGGGGCCUGCUGGGAGCCCUGACGAGCACUCCGUAUUCCCCAACACAGCACCUGGAGCGAGAGCAGGCUCUUGCUAAGCAGUUUGCAGAAAUUCUUCACUUCACACUCCGAUUUGAUGAGCUCAAGAUGACAAAUCCUGCUAUACAGAAUGACUUCAGCUACUAUAGAAGAACUCUGAGCCGUAUGAGGAUUAACAAUGUCCCAGCAGAGGGAGAAAAUGAAGUAAAUAAUGAGUUGGCAAACAGAAUGUCUUUAUUUUAUGCUGAAGCAACGCCAAUGUUGAAAACCUUAAGUGAUGCCACAACAAAGUUUGUGUCAGAGAAUAAAAAUUUACCAAUAGAGAACACAACAGACUGCUUAAGCACCAUGGCCAGUGUGUGCAGGGUCAUGCUGGAAACCCCUGAAUAUAGAAGCAGGUUUACAAAUGAGGAAACAGUAUCAUUCUGUCUGAGGGUAAUGGUGGGUGUCAUCAUACUCUAUGACCACGUGCAUCCGGUGGGCGCUUUUGCCAAAACUUCAAAAAUUGAUAUGAAAGGAUGCAUCAAAGUUCUUAAAGACCAGCCUCCUAACAGUGUAGAAGGCCUUCUAAAUGCUCUCAGGUACACAACAAAGCAUUUGAAUGAUGAGACUACCUCCAAGCAAAUUAAAUCCAUGUUGCAAUAACAAUUACCUGGAAUUCGCACCUGCUGUAGACAGUAUUCUGCAAUGAAUGAGAUGCACAGAGAUUUUUUUUUUUUUUAGUGAUUGCAACUACUAUCUCGUUCAUUCUUGCUUUUUAUUUUCUCUCUUCCUGUUUACUCUUUUUUUAAUCACUUUCUUGUACCUAAGUAAGCUCAGACUUCUUUUCUGUGCCAAAUCAAUAAAUAUUAUCAAUUCUGGAAAGUAUUUCUACUUUUCAGAAUAGCCAUCCUAAGUGGCAGCUAAUUAUGCGUUGCAUUUGGAUUUCUCUGUACUGGGGAAAGAUUUGUGACUUGAACUAAAUAUUUUUAAACUUGUGGGUUUUUUUCUUUUUUUGAAAAACUAAUAUUUAAUAUUGCUUCUUCUGCAUGGCAAGACUGCCUACUUCUGCUAUUUAAAAAUCCCUUGAUGACUUCAUUUUCUAUUGCAGCUUAUUUUCAUGUGCAGCCAUGAGGAAACUAAAAGCAGAUUUGUUUAAAUUAACUGUGUUUGUACAAAAUGGUACCCAACACAAAAGUUUUUUUAAAUAAGUAAAAACUGUUUUGUUUAAAAGUUACGUUUGCAUUUUGACUCAUUUUUGUAAGGAUGUAUGUUGUAUGUUUAACCUUUAAUAACUAACGUUAAACUGUGGUGUGUGCGUAGCAAAAUUACGUAUGCAUGUUCAUGUCAAAUGAUUGGCUGUGGAUAAGAUAAUAAAAUCAGCUUUCAUUUUUCUAA